ACUGAAAGGCCAACUAAAGGUCAUGGGUGAUUAGAUUGGCAAGAGUUCUGUUAACAUCAGUUAUUUUUCCUUCCAGUAUUGUUAUGCCUAAAGGUCUCCAUUUUUAUCUCUGAGGAUGCUGAUAAGUGAAAGUUAGCUGGGGUCCAAGCCUUUAUAAAGUGAUGAGAGCAUUCAAAAAAUUUCACCAACAGAUAGACUCACUCUGUCAGCAUGAUGAAAGCAGUGCUGUUGAUAUUAGGCUUAUUCAUUGCAAUUGUACACCUUGCUCAGGGUACUGAUGGUCAUUCUUCUUUCUAUGGAGAAAAACUGUGUGGAAGAGAAUUUAUACGCGCCGUCAUCUUUACAUGUGGCAGUUCUCGCUGGAGAAGAAGAGUGGAAGACACAGCUCUUAUUGGUGAGAAGAUUCUUGAUCCAUGGAGGACAAAUUCAAUCCCCCAACCAUCUGAGCAGGAUCAUCCUAAUUCCCAAGCAUGGAAAGAUCAAGUGUUGAAUGCUGCCAGCAUCAGCCGCUCAGCUCGCUCACCGCUCAUUGACGAGAUACCAGAGGCUCUACAGGGCACAAACAGCAACGAACAAGAAGUAGAGGUUGGACUGUCCAACAUCUGCUGCAAGUGGGGCUGUGGCAGAAGUGAGAUCAGCUCUCUUUGUUGAAUAAACAUUGUUAUCCCCCUCACUGGCUGGCAUGAAGAAUUUUUUAAAACUUCACAUUAAACUCUUUGAUUUUUACAUCUAUCACAAAAUGUGUUACUGAGACUGUCAAAGAUGAAAAUACACAAUAAAGUUAGAUUUUUAGUCUGUUCCUGUGCAAAUAAUAUUAUUUUGUGCAUUUAAAUACAAUUCCACUUAAACAAACUCUUUGUUCACCAUCCAUGUUGUCAAGGAUUUCAAAAUAAAGGAAGGAGUGAUGACUUUGAAGAGCACUGAGUCACAAACAUGAUAAAUAUGAUAUAUUAUAAAUGCAUUGUUUUGAGUCAGUUAUUAUGAAAUAAAGAUUUUUUUCC